AUAAAAUGGUUGAAAUUAUGAAAUUCAAAGCGUGGGCUACAAAGCUGGGUUGCCCGCCAGAAAAAAUACCUCCCGAUGAUACUCUGAAAAAAUCGUUCCGUGGCGAGCAAAGCACAAUGUUUCAGCACAUAAUGGAAAAGGUGCGCUCCCGACACGAGAUAGCAUCAAUGCGAAAGAAUGUGCUUGUUCAUAAGCUGCAAAUUCAUAAGAAAACCGACAGCAUCGUGGCGAACGCAUCCUUUAACAUGCAGCCCGUUGAGCUGCAGCGUUACUUAAAGAUACAGAAAUUAAAGAAGAAAAUCGAUGAAACACAACAGCGAAUCAAACAAUCUGUUGCCGGAUUCGAAUCGUUUACCUUGCAGAUCAAGGAUAAAAACGUUCAAAAAUUGCAGCUUAUGCACAAACUGGAAGAAUUGCAUGGCAAAAAUGCGCUGUACGUGUCACACGAAGCAACGCUAAAGUCCAACAUUGAAAAGGAAGCACAGCUGAUACAGCGAAUCGUUCGUAUAAUGCCCAUUAAAGGAUCCGAAUCGUGCCGCCCCGAAACAGCACGGAAAGCCAUCGAGCAGUGCAUCCAUCUGUUGGAGUGGUUUUACGACAAUUUCCAGGAUCAAAAUCAGGACACAAGCCGCACAUUGCAGGAAAGGCUUUGGGCGGACAUUCGCGAUGUGCUGCGUGGCAUUCCGAAUCAUCUGCUGUGGAACACACUGCUUACGAUGAAGGAUAAACAUUUACGCGAAAUAUCCGAACACGAGAACCGACGUGGCGAGAGCGAACCCAAUGUAACUCUGUCCGAUCUGGAUCUGCUACAGGCAAGCAUGGCAAAACUAUGCUCCAGCCAUAUCAACGUCUUUCUGGAUGUUGUUUCCAAUCGGAACAAGGUGAAUGCAGCACGCGAAGAGUACCUUGCCAAGUACACGCCAAGCUCGAACGAGCUGGAAGCAAAAAUGUCUCUCAUAAACGUGAUGGAUGACGAAGCGGAGGAAGCGCUCGAGGAGUAUCUGGUACAGUGGAAUUCGCGCGAGUACAACCAGGGUCAGAUAGAUUAUAUGGUGCGUGAGAUCGAACGUAAAAAGCAGGAGCUGCUCGGCUACACACAAAAGGUGCAAAAUCACGAGCAACUGCUCGGUCAGCUGCGAGGAAUUUAUGGACAGAUCGAGGAAAUAUCCAAGCACAUGGAGGCCGAACUGCAGCAGGUGCGUCAAAUCAAGCAGAAGGUUCACUACACGAAAUAUAUGUGCCAGCACACGGUCCACACGAUGCGACAGAAGAAUGGAAAUAAUCAAACACUCAAUAUGAGCGAUCAGUCGUUUAGUAGGUUUGAAGGCACCACCAUGCUGCCGGGAACUGCUGCUGCUGCUGCUGGUGGUCUCGUUUACAACCCGGCCGUAUUACCGACGUACAUCCGGGAGCUAGAAGUAUUCCGCCAGAUUCCGCUCUGGAAGUACGUUUCCCGUUCGAAAGCAACACUCCUGAGCGUGGAACCGAAUCCGGCCAUUUACUUUGAGCUACCAACCGUUCUGGCCCUGCUACCGUGUACGGGCGUUAGUGCGGAAAUAUCCCUCAAGCAGAUUGCCGAAAUUCAACAGCUUGAGCAACACAGCAAUGCUUCAACGAUGGAUUCGUGUAGCGUCGUUGUACCUUCGAUCGAGCACGAACAGCUGGAACAACGGUGGAAGAGUAAUCAUGGCAAGAUAUGCGAACUGUUGGAUAAGAUCGAAACGCUCACGAGCAGUUCCCGCCAGACGAUGGAAAAAGUUCGGAUGUAUUACAACUUUUCGCUUGCGAAUAAUAUGCGGAAAUAUCUCCCGGCGACGAAGCUGUUUAACGGGCGUAGCUACCGUGAGUACGAGAACGAAUAUCUUAUGUACUAUCGGAUGAUUUACGGUUUCGGCGGAGGAAAUUGA